GACUUUCAAUGAGCACAGAGAAAAUUCACUCUUUCAGUAUGAAGACGUCCUUCUAGUGUCAGACUGUGCACGUAGCUCAUUAUACACAGCAAAGGUCAAACAAUUCACCUGUAGGAACAAGAAGAAAAACACCUUUUUGACUGUCUUACUUUAAGGUCUGACACUAGUUUUGACACAAACCCACAAGCAGCAUUGUGCUUAAAAUUCGACUGUAGCCUGUUUGUUGGAAAUUUCGUGCAAAUAUGCAAAAGAAAUUUCAACCCGAGGGGGUUAAACCACAGCGGAAGUGCUGGCAAGCAGGAACCGCAGGAAAACACAGCACCUUUGCGGAUAUGAUCGGAUCACUUGCUAACUAACAUCCCGCCGUGACAGACACGCGUCCAGGGAAACAUGGGGGGGUCUCAGAGUGCCGAGAUACCAGGCGGAGGAACUGAAGGCUACCACGUCCUCAGAGUGCAAGAGAAUUCCCCCGGUCACCGUGCAGGACUGGAGCCAUUCUUUGAUUUCAUCAUUUCCGUUUCUGACACUAGACUGAACAAGGACAAUGACACCCUGAAGGAGAUACUGAAGAUGAAUGCGGAGAGACCCAUCAAGAUGCUGUUAUACAGCAGCAAGACUCUGGCGGUGAGGGAGACAACCGUCAUUCCCAGCAGCCUGUGGGGCGGCCAGGGGCUGCUGGGGGUCAGCAUUCGCUUCUGUAGCUUUGAAGGAGUCAAUGAAAACGUUUGGCAUGUCUUGGAAGUCGAGCCAAACUCUCCUGCCGCCCUGGCUGGUUUGAGGGCCCACACGGACUACAUUAUAGGAGCCGACACCGUCAUGAAUGAGAGUGAAGAUCUCUUCUCCAUCGUUGAAACCUAUGAGGGGAAGGAGCUGAAGCUGUAUGUCUACAACACAGAUACGGACAACUGCCGCGAGGUGCUCAUCACCCCAAACAGCGACUGGGGCGGAGAGGGCAGUCUAGGAUGUGGCAUUGGCUAUGGCUACCUGCACAGGAUACCUAUGAUGCCAUUUACAGAGGGCAAGAAGAUCAGUUUCCCUGCACAGACCCCCAGUGAACCAGCUGCUCCGUCUAAAGAUGGCUUCACAGAGGUCCAUCUUUCUGCUGUUAUUCCAACGGUUCCAGUCGCUGUAUCUUCUUCUGCAUCAUCUGGAUUAGAGCAGUCUUUGUCCAGCAUAUCAAUCAGCUCUAACCUGACCUCUGGCAUUAGCAAUCUACAGACAGGACUUCCUUCUGUCCCACCGAGCAGCCAAGUCACCUCCUCACACAGUGUCCCCCUGUCUGUCAAUCCUGCUGCCACAUUACCGGGUUUAAUGCCCUUACCUGGAAGUCUUCCACCCUUCCCUAAGUUACCAAAUCUAAAUAUCACCUUGCCAGAAGUGGGCCAAGUGUUGCCACCUGGAGUUGGCGGAUUACAACAUGCAGGUCUUCCACCUCUCACCCUGCCAGGUGUGGUCCCAGGUGUAACUCUGCCGCCAUCUGACUUUGUUCUUCCUCCACUUACUGCUAAUGCAGUUCCUACCGUUGCAUUUCCUCCUUCGACUAUUCAGGUGAACAGUACACCGACUAAAAGCUCCAUCCCAUCAUCAGUUAUUGCCUGUGAAUCAAUAAAUAUCCCAAUUACUACAGACUCUUCUUAGCAGAGAGCAUUGUUUAAGGUGGUCAGUCCGUUAGCUGCAUCACACGGUUGCCAAACAGCUCCUGCACAGUGUUAGGAUUGUUUUAAGUGUCUCAAGGAUAUUAGAACCACACUGCUGGUCUUCUUCCACUCAGCAAGUUCUCCCGUGAAUGUGUGUCCAACAGAAGCAGUCCUCUGUCUGAAACACUUCGAUUUAGCCUGGUCCUCCUAAACGCCCUCCUUUUUUUUUUUGAAUGUGACUCAAAGAAGUAUAAAAUACAAGGGAAACGGGUUACUUUUAAGUGUGCAAGUCAGUACUUUUGUUUUUCUUUAGUGGUCAAACUAACAGUGGGAUUUCUUUAUCUUUUUCUGAACUUCUGCAUCCCUCCUGAUCCUUAUGAACAGUGUGUGCAUCUGGUCUGAUGCAGUUAGAAUAUACAAGUUAGGGAAACGCUUUGCAGAUAAUGCAGGAAAGACAGACCAUGUGAACAUUAACAAUAUGCACUUACUGCUCAUUACUCCUUUUAAGAAGAUGAGCAAACAUCUACCAACUGCAUGUCAGCACAGCUGCUUUCCCUGGCUGAGGACAUGGUUAAUGCUUAGGCUACCACAACCCUUGUGGUUGAAUCAAAGGACAUUGUUAAGCCACAUGGGAUUUGAACUUGCAGUACUUCUGUCAGAUGUGACAGGUAUGUCACCAAUACACCACUGGAGGAGUUCAGGGAUGUAUUUAGUUACAUUAACUAUAAACUAAUAAUCCUACUUCCAUAAUCAUAGCGACUACAGCAAAGCCAUGGAUUUAGCCACAAUCCCUGCAACAGCCACAGAUUUAUCAUCUCAUGGCUUUAGUCAUAAUCACAGCUGGUCUGUCUCAAUCAGCCUAGGCAGCAGUCAGAGAGCUAUAGGUUAAGCAGUUCUGCCAGUUAUCUAUCCAGCUACAAUUAUACAGCUGUGAGUGUGCCCACAAGCUCGGGUCACAACCAGCAGCAGUCCAUAUCUACAUAAAACGGAUCAGUUUCUCUAUGGAUCAGAGGGAGUGCAAAACUCAUUUCAAGGUAAUUCCUAACACUAAGAAAAAAGUCCACCGAUUUUUUUUUUUUUAAAGGGGUACUGAAGAAACUACUGAAGGUCUUCUGGGGAAGACUGGACAGAAACUUAUACUACUGGGGAAUUUCCUUUAGAAAAGCUGCUUUGCCUUCUACAGUGUAGUGAUCAUUAAAUAUACAAGAUGGUUUUGCCUAAUAAAUAAUUUUUAAAAUGAGAAUGUUACCUUGAUUAAACUGAUGUAUUUUCACUA